GCAACACUUAUUGGCUAGUAGAUGGUCGUGCUGUCUAGAUUCUUGAUGAUCUAUACUUUCGGAAGUGGUGACAAGCCCGGGCCUUCAGGGAGCUCGGCGGUGGAACGACGUCUGCCGUAAAGUUUACCAAGUGGGAAUGAGCUGACUCUUGGUUAAGGAGCUGCAAACGCCUGUAUUGGAAUUUGCAUACGGCGGUUGACCUUGCCCAUCAAAUAUAUAAAGAGCAAGGUUACUCAGAGUCCAGGGUAUUCUUCACAUCAUCUCUCCUACCUGCGGUGUUCCCAGACCCUCAUCUUCCUUCUUUCAGUAGCUAUUUGCUAUACCACCCUUCGUUAAGAUAUCGCCAGUCAUCGCCAGCAUGAAAACCUUCACUGUUCUCACAACCCUCCUGGUAGCAGCCCUCGCGGCUCCCUCAAGCCUAGCCAGCCCCAUGAGCCUCGAGGCUCGAAAAUCCAAAGCCAAAUGCCCUGUCAAUAGCGCCCAACCAGACGGCAAGCUCCCACCAGGCUCCAUUUCGACUUCUCUGCUGCUCCCCAUCUCGGCCAAGAAACCCAACAAAGCCUUCCCCGCCACCACCACCGCCGUCGUCACUCCAAAUGACAAAUGCACCAUCUUUAACCUCGACCUCCCCGCCGCCGCCACACAAGGCAAAAUCUGCAACCUCGUCUUCGACUUCCCAUCAUGGGCUGACGCACCGGGUCAGUUCACCUUCUGGGGACCAGGCCACUUCACCUUCACGGGAUACGCCAUCGGUGUGGGUGCUGUUGCUGGGCAAACCACGUACAACAACCAACCCGCUCCCGGCCCGAGUCCACCAAACCCGCCCCCGGUUAUGCAGCCCGGUAACAGUUAUAUCGUUAAUGCGGCGCCGUGUGGGAUUCCGGCGAAUGCGGGGACGGUUACGGUUUCUGGGAGUCUGUGCUCGAAGGAUACGACGUUCACGUUUAAGCAGAGUGAUGUUUGCUGUCCUUUGGGCUUCUACGUUGUGCUUACUGAUGACCCGAAUGCUUAGAAGGUGAAAAGGGGGGGUGAGGAUGGAUGAGAGGGGCUCUGGGCGUGUAUGAAGCAUGAUAUUAAUAUCUACCAGCUUUAAUUCAA